UUCAAAAGUAUGGCAGAAGACCCAAAUAGAUUAAAACCAACAUCAAACUCUGAAAACGCGAGUACUAACAGCGGGGGCGGUGAGAUAAACAGGUGCCUUUCGUUGUCGUCAGAUAAAGACGGCGGCACCCUGGAGGAGGCGAAGGUGACCUGUAACGUUAAACUCUUACAAAAUGUUCCCGACGACUCAAAUUCACACCGACCCGGUGCGGAACUCUCGACACGGGCUGUGAAAACGUGUUCAAAGGCGAAAAACACAGGUGAGUCAAGAGACGCCUCACCUGAACAUCGACUGGAUUCAGAAGAGCUCAACGCGGACGACAAGGAAAACUCCAGCAUGCCCUGCACAAACAUCACUCCCGAUAACACCCAAGAAGAGGGCACUUCUGGUCAGAGAAGUUUGCAGGAUUCCGACGUGACCGCCAGUAAACAACAGAGUAACACAGAGGACAGGGAUGCUGAGGUGCUGAGAAGAGCACAGGAGGAAGGCCAUGUGAACGUGGACUUCCCCGGCACCGUGACUCAGGAAGGCUGCUGCCGCUUCGUCAGCGAGAUCCUCAAGUGCAUUCUCUAUCAGAGACAGCAGCUACCCAUGACGUAUGACCAGCUGGUGUACUCUCAGAAGAAACAGCAAGCGUCGAUGCAGGAAAAAGACACAGUGAGUCGGAGGCCAGUGCAGUCAGCAGACAUGGACUGGCGUAAGUGUCAGCAGACCCUUCAGGAGCUGGAGGAGGUGUUGCAGCAGCUGGAGGUGCUAUUUUCCCUUAGCAGGGUUCCCCGUGUGCUACUGCUAAUGGGCGGCUCCCUUGUCCUCCCCAAAGAGCUGUAUGAGAUCAACAUGGAGGCUCUAGUAGUGGCUAGUGGAGAUCAAUGCCUGCGGGUGUCCUCAUGCUUAAGGCAACUCUUCCGCACUCUUUUCGUGGCUGACCUUUUGUCCGACACCAGACCUGUUCGUUUAGUGCCCACCACGGUGUUGGCCCUGGCUCACAGGGAUUGCGGCGUUGGUUGGUUUCGCCCUAAACUACAAUUUAAAGUGCCAACCCGUGUAAAGAACAAAGUUAUUGCUCUGUCUACUGAUCCCAGCACUUGUAAGGAACCAAGGGCAGAGGGGUCAGACUGGCAGGAUUAUGUGUGGUUCCAGGCACCCAUGACUAUCAAGGGCUUUGGCAAGUGACCCAAAAGGUUGUGGCAUGCAUAGCGUAGAUAUUGGAGCUCUUUCUGGAGCUUGUAUACUAAAAUUACAUUUUAAUGGUGGUUUAAGUGAUUUCUGAACUUGAAUUUUGAAUUGAGUGGUCCAUAUUUUAAUGAAUUAUGAGUUUAAUUUUUUUCUGCUUUAUGAUUAAAAGUAUGUCAAUUAAAACAAUAGUGGGUUCAUUGACACCAGCAGUACGGUGUACUACUGUUUUUUUAUACUAUAUAAAUACUGAAUGUGUUCUUGAGGUGUUGUUGAAAUUUUGAGAACAUUGUGUGUUAAUGUUUAUAUG